AUGAACACACCAGAGACUCCAGAGCAUACUGGAGCCAAUCAGGAGCUUAGCAUCGACGAUGUUGGACAAUUGGACGAUCAAGAUUUGCUAGAUGUCGACUUGGACGCCAGUCAAGGCUACUUAAACGAACCAUCUGGUAAUGCCAAGAGAGCAGUUCAAGAUGAGCAAAAUAGUAAAUUAGUGUAUGAUGACAGAGAUGACUUUCUUCCCAGGGUGAAUAUAAGUUCACCGUUUUCGUCGCAAGUGAAUGUACAAAGAGCUUAUGGGGAAACUAGGGAACCUGUGAGACAAACUCGAAGACUUUCGUCGUCACAACAGUCAAAAUUCAUUGCAUAUUGCGACGACAAACUAAUGGAAAUUCAAAGAAAAUUCGUACAAUCGCGCGGUUUAACAGACGGGAAUGGGUAUAGUGGUUUAGGGCCCCUUUUGGAGGAUUUGAAAAGCGUGUUGGAUUUUGUUUGGUUUUCUGUCGAUGGGAGGGGCCAUACCGAAACGCUGAUAGAACAAAAAUUGGAAAAUAUGUCACCAGAACAAUUUCAAGAUUCGAAUUCGACGGAUUUCGGGCAGAAGUAUUACAUUCUGCGCGUGGCAGACGAUUUGUUGGACUAUUUGGUGAAAUUUGAGCUGGCAAAUUUGAGCCCAGAUGAGCAACAUAGUACGCUUUCGAAAGUUUUCAAAUUUCUAGUGAUUCUUGACAAGAUGCUAGCGAGGCUACUGGAAGGGCUGGUUCCAGGCCGGAAAAAAGUCACGGGCACAGAGAUGGUCCGCAUAUCGGGUAUUGCAGAGCGCACGAGGGUCGCGGUGCCCUUAUUUUUGGGACAGCAGGGUAUUCAUGGAUACCAUUUCGAAGUGAGUAGAAUUUAUGAAGAGACACUGGAAAGGUGUAUGUAG